AUGAAGGAAUGGCUUCUCACGCCUUGUGGUCCCAGGCGCCGACACGUAAAGUGCGAUGAAGUGAAGCCAUCAUGCAAGCGAUGCGUGAAGUGGCAAGGGUUCUGUGAGGGAUACGACUCUCCCAAUAGCUCUUCGGGCUCACCCCCUAGCUCAGACGACGCAGACAACACCAAUAAGGCAACAACAUCAUCAUCAUCAUCCGUCGUCCGCGUAUCCAAGAAGAAGUCGCUCGUCGCAAACGCCCGCCCUAGGUCACAAUCUCAACUAAUCGACAUUAGCCUGCCGUUCGAACCCACCGAGAACCUCUUUGUAAAUGACUUUGAACGCCAGUACUUUGACUACUGGCUCUCUCGCCGCUACCGCCUCGGCGGCGGCUUCUUCGACGAGCAGCUAUGGGCCGAGACCAUCCCGCAAAUGAGCCACCAGCACGCCUCAGUCCGGUACGCCGCCAUGGCCGUCGGCGGCAUCGGUAAAGCCCUCCACCACAGCCUGAAGCCGACCACACCCGCCCAGCUCGGUGCAAACGGGCCGCACUACGGCCUCGCCCUCUCGUAUUACGGCCGCGCCAUCCGCGAGGUCCACAAAGCCGCCUCCGCGCCUCGCGAAGAGACCAACAGCAGCAGCAGUCUCCGGGCCGCCAUCGUCUGCUGCCUGCUCUUUGUCUGCUUCGAGGUGCUCCACGGCGAUCGCAAGGCUGCCUUUGCGCUCAUCAACAGUGGGCAGACGAUGAUGGACGAGCUGCUGCGCCGGUGCGAGGAAGACAAGAGCCGGGAUAAGAGCAUCAUUGGCGCCGAGGUCGUCGAGACGGAGGCGCUGCAUGUGUUUCAGCGGCUUAUCCAGCAGUCUUGGUCUUGCGGUGUGCUCCGACGGCGGGAGAGGCGCCCCUUGGAGAGGGAGGGCAAUCUUCUCGCGGAAGAGAAGAGGGACUCGUACUCGUCUGAGUCGUGGUGCUGCCAGGGAGGGCCGGGGAGGAAGUGCGCGAUUCACAAGAUGCCCUCCAUCUUUAGUAGCCUCCAGGAAGCUCGUCGGUGGUGGGAUGUGACGCAGCACUACGUGACGCACUCCUCCGACAUUGUCUGCCGCGUGACCCAGCUAGGUUUGAGCGAAGACUUUCUCUCCGAGUGCAACGAGCGCAUCCGCAGGCAACUAGAAGAAAGCGAGCGCUUAAGAACCGGUGCCGUCAACAAAGCGUCCGCGUCCGCGUCCACGUCCACGUCCUCAUCAUCGUUCGCGGCUGCAGGGGCCGAGGACACCGCCUCGCGCUGGCAAGACUUCAGAGACGCCCUAGCGCGAUGGGAAACCGGCUUCGCGCCCCUCUGGACCGCCGCCCGCAAGACCAAGACGUCAGACGAGAGGUCCUACAGCCAAGCAGCGCACCUCCGUGCGCAAUACCUCACCCUCUCCAAUUGCCUCGAGUCCCCUCUCGGCUGCAGCUACGAGCGCGUGGCCCGCCUGACCCCGCGCUUCCGUGAGGUGAUCCAGCUCUCCGCCGGUCUGCUCGACUACCAGAAGCGCUCUUCCCUGCCCGGCGAGAUCUUCACCAUGGACAUGGGUCCCACGUGGCCGCUCUUCCUCGCGGGGACGCGAUGUCGGGUUCCCGAGCUGCGCAACGAGGCGAUCCGGCUGCUGCGGGAGAACCCGCGACGGGACGGACUGUGGGAUAGCCGGUUCUUUUAUGCGCUGAUGAUGAGGAACAAGAUGUUGGAGAUUUCGAAUUCGAGGGAGGGGACGCCGGAGGAGCAGUGGUGGCGGUUGCAGCAUCGGUCUGCGUGUGUUGAUGAGCAGGGGGCGUUAAUUGCCAAGGCGAUGGAUAAGAAUCCGUUGACGGGGACGUGGGAUUUGGGGGAGGAUAAUGUGAGGCGAUUUCUGUUUGAUUGA